CAAGGAACGGCUUCUUGUUCCAGCAGCAACAGGAGGAGGAGGAAGGUUGGCGGCCUGAGGGGAGUUUGUUGUGGCGGGUGGCGAGUGGGGCCAGGAGCGGGAAGAGCGGCGCCAGCGGAGCAGGGAAGGAAGGCCCGGUCUCGCUCUGCGAAGCGGAGGAUGAAUUGGCUCUUCCCGCUCUCCAAAGCCGGCAGCGGUGGCGGGGCCGCCGCCGCCUCCUCCUCGCCCUCGCCUUCGUCGGCCGGUGGAACCGCGCUGCCGCCGACUCUCACCAGCCUCCAGCAGCAGAAGCAGCGGCAGAUCGAGUCCCUGCGGAGCGCCCACGCCGCUAUAGCUGAAAUACAAAAAGAUGUGGAGUAUCGAUUGCCAUUUACUGUCAACAACCUGACAAUAAAUAUUAACAUAUUGCUUCCUCCUCAGUUUCCUCAGGAAAAACCAGUCAUCAGUGUUUUCCCUCCAAUACGGCAUCAUUUAAUGGACAAACAAGGAGUGUAUGUGGCCUGCCCAUUAAUAAGCAAUUUCACAAUGCACUCAGACCUUGGAAAAAUAGUUCAAAGUAUACUUGAUGAAUUUUGGAAGAAUCCUCCAGUUUUGGCUCCCAGCUCAACAUCAUUUCCAUACCUUUACAACAAACCAGCUGGAAUUCCUUCCUAUGCUCAGAACUUUCCAUUUCUUUCUCCAUACCUACCACAAGAAACAAAUAGGUCUAUAACAUCUGUGCCACUUGCAGAAUCACUUUCUUCUGGCUACGCUACAGACAGACCUGCGGCUCCUUCCUUUGGCAUGAUAUCAGAUCUGCCAUUACCUGUUCCAACAGCAGAAACCAUAUCACAGGGGAGCCCAAAUGGAUUCAGUUACAAAAUGCCUGAUGUACCUGAUGCAUUUCCAGAACUAUUGGAACUUAGCAUAUCACAGCUGACAGACAUGAAUGAGCAAGAAGAUGUCCUGCUGGAACAAUUUGUUAAUUUGCCCCAGUUGAAGCAAGUCAUUAACGACAAGGAUGAUUUAGUGAAAAGUAUUGAAGAGCUAGCAAAAAAAAACCUCUUAUUGGAACCAAGUUUGGAGACGAAAAGACAAGCAGUGUUGGAUAAAUAUGAACAGCUUACUCAGUUGAAGGCUACAUUCGAAAAGAAGAUGCAACGGCAGCAUGAACUGGGCGAGAGUUGUAGUGCAAGUGCUCUGCAGGCAAGACUGAAAGUAGCAGCUCAUGAAGCUGAGGAAGAGUCUGACACUAUUGCAGAAGACUUUCUGGAAGGGAAAACGGAAAUAGAUGACUUUAUUAGUAGCUUCAUGGAGAAGAGAACAAUUUGCCACUGUAGAAGAGCCAAAGAAGAAAAGCUUCAACAGGCAAUGGCAAUGCGCAUUCAAUUUCAUGCUCCUUUAUAGGUUUUCCAGCUAAAUAGAAUUUCUGAGGCGAGUGAAUGAAUCCAGCAAAGCACAUUUUCAUAUAGCUGUUAUUUUGCAAAUAAGCAUUUCAUCACGGUUGUUGUGUUUAUAGAAGAAACUGUAUACAGAACUGGGAUGAUGAUGAUUAUUAUUAUUUUGGUACAAAUUAGGAAGUCUUUCUAUUAUCAUUUCAUCCAAGAAAUCCUCCUAUUGCAGUGUUUGCACUAAAUAUUUCUUGUCAUUAUUAUUGAUAAUCCUUAUCAUAUUUAAGUUCCUACUUCUCUCUCCACCUACUUUAUAGAUUAAAUAUUUAAACAUGUAAUUUUGACUAGAUUUUUAAAUUUUAUACAACAUAAUUCAUAACUUUUGUAUUAAACAUUUGCUGUUUGGGGCUGGGGCAGGGGAUGUAGAAAUGUUGGUUACUUAAAAGUAAGUUGCAAAGUUUAUGAGGCAAAACUCAUAUGUUAAGUCCUCUUUUUAAAAAAAGAAUUCUGAUUCUUGAAAUCCAGUUUUCAACCAUUUUUAUGUUGAAAGCAACACACUACAUUGCUAUUGAAAUUAAGUGGCAGUGGCAGGUAAAAGGCCAGGAGACUUGAAAAUGGCCUUGCACCCUAUUGCAGAGAUGUACACAGUUAACUGCUUGUGGGAUCGGGUCUUCAUUGUGUGGCAAUGUCCCUCCUUCCCACAUAAUCAAGACUCGUGACACAGAGAUUAAGAUUUAAUUGGGUGGUUAAGGCCACAACUUUAUUAAUAAGCAUGUUGAGCGGAAUUGGCUUAGGCGUUGGAACCUAACAGACUAUAUCCGACUCCAACCCGUGUGUUGAAGUCCUUGAGAAGUUAACCACCAGAAAGGAGCCCCGCGAUGUAGAUCUACUAGAGCUCCUCCUGUGGCCACCGAAGGGGCGUGCCCUACGGCCCAGGCAACUCCAGGCGCAGGACCAAGCGACGCCCCCGGAAUCCUUUAACGGAAUUACUUCUCCAAAUUUGGGCAGCCGUUGACGUAAUCUGCCCCUCCUCCAUCUAUUGUUAUGCAAAUUUCCAACGCCUAACCGCCUAACCUAAGUUGUGACGACAUGCUACGGGGUAGGCGAAAAACCCAUCAUGGCUAGCCCAGUAUGGGAAAAGUCCUACCCGGCCCGCUGACUAACCAGGCAACCGACUCCCGUCCAUAGCAGCGU